AUGAAUAUUUACGUAAAUCCAUUUGACAACGAUGAAUUGUUUAUAUUGAAUCAAAAAGGUUAUGGUGGAUGGUUAAAAUGGGACAUGAGGAAUUCAAAUGGUACUAUCACAGGAUGGAAACGGAACGGACAUCGGUCAUCCGGUGGUUUUCAACUUGAUUGCAAUAGAAAUAUAUUCAUCGCUGAAGGAUCCGAUUACGUAGAAUUUUUUAGAUCGCCUUUAGAAACUGGUAUAAACAGUGUAGAUCUUACGGCGAAAGGCAAUGAUAAAUUAGUAUCAUUGGCACUUGAUCCGACAACUGGUGAUUUAUACGUAUUGGGAAAGUAUCUGAAACAAAUACAGGAAUAUAUACUGAUGGAUCAAGUAAAGAUAAAAACGUCGAUCAAUUCAAACUCAUUAUCAUCGAUUUGUCCAAUUCCCUUAAAUGCUACUUGGAAAAAUAGUGGUGUAAUUCAUUUUUCAAAUAAUAAUAAGUCAUCGUUGUCUCUAAACAAUCCAUUAGAUUUAUUUUUAGACAAUAAAAAUAAUUACAUUUACAUUGUUGAUACCAACAAUAGUCGAAUUCAACGGUUUGCACCUAAAAAUAAUCAGUCAAUAGAAACUGUUGCUAAAUUAGGUUUGUAUUUACCACAAAGUAUAUGGAUUGAUAGUAAUACAGGUGAUAUGUAUAUUAUCGAUAUAACUAUUUUUACUGUUAAUCACCAGCAACAUUACAAAUAUUAUCGAGUACAGUAUUGGCAAAAGAAUGCUGCAACUGGUAAAAUAAUAAUCAAUGGAACAGAUUCAGUUCUUAUUAAUAAAGUUUUACGAAUUGAGUUAGAUGCAGAUUUAAAUAUCUACAUAUCUUAUAAUCUCUUUGUUCGAAAAUGGUUUGCACCAGACUACACAUAUCGCAUCAUUGUAGCUGGUCAAUGGAAAAAUUCUGUUGAUAAUUCGAUUGGUCCCAUUGGUAUGUACAUUGAUAAUAAAACGUUUGACUUAUAUCUAUUUGUUGUUGCCUAUACCUACAAGGGUCGUCUUGAAAAAUGGACGUAUGGUUCUCAGAAUGCUACCGUCCUUCUCUCAAAUUUACCUGGUGCAAGGACGAUGACUUUCGAUUGUAAUAUGAAUAUUUAUUUUGCUACUACGGAUCAACAGGGUCUAUAUCAAUUUAAUCCACUAACACAAAACUUGAACUUUAUUACAGCUGCAAGAAAUAAUUUAGAUAAUCCAUCUGCAAUUAAAUUCGAUAGAGAUGGAAAUCUCUAUGUACUUGAGCGUAAACAAAAUCAAUUAAAAAAAUUUUCAAUUAUUCUGCAUGAGUAG